AAGGGAGAUACAGCGUGUUGAACCACUGAAGCACGCCCCCCCCACACACACCAGCCAGAAAAGGGAUACCCCGUCGGCUCUGAACCUGGCAAAUGUACCUGGGCUCCCCCUGGAGGCCACAUUCUCCGAGGUCCCCUUUCGGUCCCCAGUGUCCCUCAGGUAUUCCGUUGUAAUCCGGGAGAACUGAUACACCCUAGUGCUCUGAAACUUGGCCUGUGCUCGAGGCGGAAACCCCUGCCCCUCUGCCUGGCGACGCUUGAACACACCCGUCUGGCCAGGUCCCGUUCACUGGCCAAGAGUGUAGCAUUGAACAUGGGGCACUGGGGCAGGGGUGCACUCCACGCUGACACCACACUCCACCCCUUAACUUGCUGACCAGGGAUAAUCGCUUCCUUUCAUCGAUUCACAGCGUUAGAAAAAUGCAGCGUUGAGAGGCAGCGCGGAGGUCAACUGGACCAUCAUCCUUAGGUUGCAGGAAAGAAAACUGAGACCUAGAAAGAUGAAGCAGUUGUCCCAAAGGCUUCCAGCUGCUCCCAGUACUCAAGGACUUGGAGCACACUUGGGGAGAUUCUCACUGUUGUAUUCCCAUUCCUCACUUUUCAGGAGGCCUGAACUCUCAAACUCCGAAUCUGAUUUCCACUCUCCCAGGAGGGCUACGGAAAUAACGGAAAGUUCCUUGCAGAUUUUCACUGAGCCUCUCCCCAGUCCCCACCCUUUGGCCCUGUGUGUCUGCGAGUAGGAAUGCGCAUUGCUAGCUACUUUCGAUGCAAUGAACCUGGAAGAUAUUUUGUAUGGACUGAAUAACAGGUUGAGGAAGGCAGAACAGUGCCUUCAGGUCAGUUCCUGGUUCAAGACCGGCCUCUGCCACUUGCUCUUAGAGGUAAAGAGAGCAGGGCCUGCCCCGUUCUUCACUUGCAGGACCAUUUGUUCAGGCAGCAUUUGCAGGGACUCGUAUUCCGAAAGGAAGGUCUAUCCAGGAGCUUGAGAAGGAGAGCACUCAGCCAGGAGAGGUGGAUUGUCAAUACAGGAAUCCAUACUGACUCUGAAUCCCUAAUUUUGGCCUGUAUUCUUCUUCCUCUCUGAACCAUCUUCUUAGAAGUCACUGUGUCGAGAGUGCCAGAAAACCAUCCCAAGACUCACAUAGGGUUGUUCCUCAUAGUGGAUGUUUUGGCCACUGGACAUCAGAACCACAUUUUGAGUUUGAAGAAUCUUCUACAUGUGAUGACCUACUAAAUGAUUUCACAGUCCACCAGAGGGUCACGGUCCACACCUGGAGACACUCCAAUGCAGGUCUAUGCUGGCUGAGUGCACUGGCUUGUGGCUGGAGCUGAGAAAGUGGAAUUCCAGAGACACUCCUGAAAUUGUCCUAAGUUAAAGGAGCCGAACAGUGUGCCACCUCCCUCUCUGCCAUCGCCUCUGAGAGCAGCCAUGGCCCUGAGUGAUGUCGAUGUGAAAAAGCAGAUUAAGCACAUGAUGGCUUUCAUUGAGCAGGAAGCCAAUGAGAAAGCAGAGGAAAUCGAUGCCAAGGCUGAGGAAGAGUUUAACAUUGAGAAAGGACGCCUUGUGCAAACCCAACGACUGAAGAUUAUGGAGUAUUAUGAGAAAAAGGAGAAGCAGAUAGAGCAGCAGAAGAAAAUCCAGAUGUCCACCAUGAGGAAUCAGGCAAGGCUGAAAGUCCUGAGAGCCCGAGAUGACCUCAUCUCAGAUUUGCUCAGUGAGGCGAAGCUGAGACUCAGCCGGAUUGUGGAGAACCCAGAGGUCUACCAGGGGCUUCUGGAUAAACUGGUGCUCCAGGGUCUGCUCCGACUGCUGGAACCUGUGAUGAUUGUGCGCUGCCGGCCACAGGACCUCCUCCUGGUGGAGGCUGCUGUGCAAAAAGCCAUCCCCGAAUAUAUGACAAUUUCCCAAAAACAUGUGGAGGUCCAUAUUGAUCAAGAGGCAUACCUGGCUGUGAAUGCAGCUGGAGGUGUGGAGGUCUACAGUGGCAAUCAGAGAAUAAAGGUUUCAAAUACCUUGGAAAGCCGACUGGAUCUCUCAGCCAAGGAAAAGAUGCCAGAAAUACGAAUGGCCUUGUUUGGUGCUAACGCCAACAGAAAGUUCUUUAUAUAAGCCUCUGGGAAGUGAAGCUAGUGUUGAACCACUAAACCACGAAAGUUUAAGUUUUGGGGGGAAAGGAAACUAGUAGUAUUUCCUCCUCUUUGAUGCUCUGAUAUUGUUCUGUUUUUCUUCAUGAAAUACCCCUUGGAUGGCUAAAGUGUUAACUUUGAAAUAAAGCCCAAAUUAAUGCUCAGAA